CUCGGAGGAGGCGUUGGCGGAAGGGGUGAGUCUGAUUGGCUGGGCGGGGCCGACGGUGUGCGACGAACAUGGCGGAGCGCGGGAGGAAGCGGCCCUGCGGCCCGGGUGAACAUGGCCAGAGGGUGGAGUGGCGAAAAUGGAAGCAACAGAAGAAAGAGGAGAAAAAGAAGUGGAAGGAUCUCAAGAUGAUGAAAAAACUGGAGCGGCAGCGAGUGCAGGAGGAACAGGCAAAGCGACAGCAGGAGGAGGAGGCAGCUGCCCAGAGGGAGGAUCGGGGGCGGCACUACACCCUGAGCGUGGCCCUUCCGGGCUCCAUCCUGGACAACGCCCAGUCGCCCGAGCUUCGCACCUACCUGGCCGGCCAGAUUGCUAGAGCCUGCACCAUCUUCUGCGUGGAUGAGAUUGUGGUGUUUGAUGAAGAGGGCCAAGAUGCCAAGACUGUGGAGGGGGAAUUCAGGGGAGUCGGCAAGAAGGGGCAGGCGUGCGUGCAGCUGGCCCGGAUCCUGCAGUACCUGGAGUGUCCACAGUACCUAAGAAAAGCAUUCUUCCCCAAGCAUCAGGAUCUACAGUUUGCAGGGCUCCUGAACCCCUUGGACAGCCCUCACCACAUGCGUCAGGAUGAGGAAUCUGAGUUCCGAGAGGGCAUCGUGGUGGACCGGCCCACCCGGCCGGGCCAGGGCUCCUUUGUCAACUGUGGCAUGAAGAAGGAGGUGAAGAUCGACAAGCACUUGGAGCCUGGACUCCGGGUGACAGUGCGGCUGAACCAGCAGCAGCUCCCAGAAAGCAAGACCUACCGUGGAAAAGUCGUGUCGUCACAGGACCCUCGCACCAAAGCUGGGCUCUACUGGGGCUACACGGUCCGCCUGGCCUCCUGCCUUAGUGCUGUGUUUGCUGAGGCCCCCUUCCAGGACGGCUAUGACCUGACCAUUGGGACAUCAGAGCGAGGCUCAGACGUGGCCUCCGCCCAGCUUCCCAACUUCAGGCACGCUCUCGUGGUGUUUGGGGGCCUCCAAGGGCUGGAAGCUGGAGUGGAUGCUGACCCCAACCUGGAGGUGGCUGAGCCCAGUGUCCUCUUCGAUCGGUACGUCAACACCUGCCCCAACCAGGGCAGCCGCACCAUCCGCACCGAGGAAGCCAUCCUGAUCUCCCUGGCUGCCCUGCAGCCUGGCCUCACCCAGGCGGGUGCCCGGCCCAGCUGAAGGUUCUGUCGGGCCCAAGAUGGCACAGAAGCAGUGGUGAAGCCAGAGGUUUCCAUGGGUCACCUGGGAC